UUCCUUUAUUAUGAGUAUGGAUUUUGAGUCAGAUAAUCGAUUCUGUUGUUUGCUUCAGCAUCACGAGAUGUAGCCGCUGGAAACGCGAAGGGAAAACUUUGCCUUAAACCGACACCGGAAAUAAAAAUAAAAUAGGGAAAAAAAUUUUAUACGUUUCGAGGACAGAAAGGCGAAGCCCCUUAUUUUUCUCCCCUCCACCGUGGAAGUGCUCCUUUUGUCUCAGAACGGUUGUGUUUUUGUCGUCUCAACAUGGACAUGUACGCGUACAGCGGGGUCUUCUUGGUGAAACGAUUCUUGGACAGUUCUCCGUUUGAAGUAACCAACAUGUCUGACAUUAACAAGGCGAGUCCUCACGGCUGUGAUAACGGAGCUCUGACCGACAGGUUCGGUGUUUUGAUUCAGGGACUUCUGGCCAUCGUCGCCUUCAGUACGCUGAUGUUAAAGAGGUUCCGGGAGCCUGCAGGGAUCAGACGACCGUGGAGGAUCUGGUUUUUUGACACAUCCAAACAAGCCAUUGGUGCUCUGUUCAUCCACUUUGCCAAUGUCUUCCUUUCAACACUCACCAAAGAGGACCCAUGCUCUCUGUAUUUGAUGAAUUUCCUGCUGGAUGCCACACUGGGGAUGUUGGUCAUCUGGCUGGCUGUGAAGAUGGUGUCCAAGCUGGUGGAGUACAAGCAGUGGACCCUGCUUGUAUUUGGAGAAUAUGGUGACCCACCCCAGGCAGCAGCAUGGCUGGGUCAGUGUGGCGUAUACCUGCUCAUUAUGGUGCUGGAGAAAGGUGUAAUCAGCUUAGUGCUGCUUGUCCCUGGAUGGUCCAAAUUGCAGGAGGUGUUGCUGAGCUACAUCGCUAACCCUCAGCUGGAACUGGCACUAGUCAUGCUCAUCGUGCCCUUUAUAGUAAACUCCAUCAUGUUCUGGGUGGUGGACAGCCUGAUGAUGAGAAAAUACAAGACGACGAAGAGCUUGGAUAACUCUUGUGACAACUCGUCAAAGAAAGCUGACUCACUGGAAUCAGGGGAGGAGUCACGGGUCCUGCUUGGGAUUGAGACGGAUACAGAGGAGGCUUCGGAGGAGGAGGAAGAGCCAACCAAUGUAGGACCAGUCCACGUUCAGUGCUCAGGUGGACCGCUGAGACCGAGCUGGGUGAUGGUGUAAACCCAGGUGACCCGAACUCCUACUAGUCCAUCAUCUACCCACACAGAGCACAAAAAAGUUAAAUAAGAAAAACAAAAUCAAAAGCUAGCAUUCAUAUAUAUAACUAAAGGUCUAAAUAUCAGCCUCCCAACAUGCAAAAGUCAUAAACUACCUGAGUUUCCUUUUUGUGCAUUGAAAGUUUGGAUUGUCAGAUCUGUUAUAUACAUGUACAUCAAAUGGAAUUUUGGGAAUAAGAAAUACUUUAUCCCCUCUUCAUUUUGCUAUAAACAAACAUGAGCGUAACCACUGAAGUCUGUGUGGAGAGAUCAUUUAGGAGUGCAAUGCCUGUAGGGCGAACUCUUGGGGGGGCAAACACUGACAUGAAUCUGUCUUUUGCACUCUGAGGACUUUUGGGAAGAAUGUAGCUUCAAGGAAAGUCAUUUAUUAUGUAUCAUAUUCCAAAGGGGAGGUGUUUAUAUGUGUGCACAGUACAUAUAAGUGCUCUUUAAGUGCUCAAGUUUCAUUACUUCAGACUUGCCUUUUUAAUUAAGGUGCAUUUAUAGUCAUUCCUGUGUGUUCUCCCUCUGAUUAGUAUUUCCUUUUUGUUUUAAAGCCACAUGCACAUAUGUUGAAUCUUCAGCUACUCUGGGCUUAAUUAUAAAAAGGUUCAAUUCUUUGCUUUUUAAAAUAUUGUUUGGAUAACACUAUAUUGUUGAAAUGGCACAGAUAUUAAUCAGAAAUGAUAGAGUUUUGAUCAGCAGGAGUUAUGUUGGAACAUUUGUAAAUGUAAUGAAUAAAUAUCAGUUUAACAGGAUAAUUUUUCUUUGCAAGAAUUAAAGAGAAAUCGAGAACUGACAGCAUAGUGGUUAUUUUAGGUUAAAAAGACACAAAGAAAUAGGCCAAUAUUCUCAGGAAAUAGUUAGUUUCCUAGAUUAAAGUCAUUAUUUUAUUUGGGGGAAGCUUAAAGUCACAAAAUUUAUAUAGAAAGAAACAAAAAAAAUAUCAUGUUGGUUAUUUUUCACACUUUGAUCAACUUCCCAGCCCCACACGCAGUGCAAGUAUAAUGUAAAUCCCACGUUCAUAUUGUACCACAAAUCCCAUUUAGAUGGUAUCACCACAUUAUUAAUAUGGCUCUAAAAAGGUUGGUCAUUCUUAUGUCUUGGUCAGGUGUGUCUAAGAGAAAGCAUCUUUAAAUCCCAUUAAAAUAGUAAGUUUAUAGUU